CCUCCGUGCCCGUCCCCACCGCGGGGCCCACCCGCGAGCCCCCAGCGCGCUCGCCCCGGGUCCCAAAAUCCCGUCCCGGGGGUGGAGCGGGGUCCCGAAUCCUCUCGGGAGAGGGGUUGGGGACAGCUCUGUCCCGCUGUCCUGAGCGGGGACUGUCCCCAAGGCAGCCAGGCGGAGGCGGAGGCCAUGGAGAAGGAGCUGCUAGAGGAUUAUCGCUUCGGGCGGCAGCAGCUGAUCGAGAUCUGGGGACACGCCUGUGCCGUGGCUGUCACCAAGGCCUUCCCGCUGCGCUCUCUGCCCCGCAGGCAGCCCACGCUGUUGGUGGCCUGCGGGCCGGGCCGGAUCGGGGCCGUGGGCUUGGUGUGCGCCCGCCACCUGCGCAGCUUUGAUUACGAGCCCACCAUCUUCUACCCCAAGCGCUCUCCGGACCCGCUGCACCGCGACUUCACCACGCAGUGCGAGAAGAUGGACAUCCCCUUCCUGUCCUACCUGCCCGCCGAGGUGCAGCUGCUGAACGACGCCUACAACGCCGUGGUGGACGCGGUGCUGGGAGCCGAGGGGACCGAGGGGACAGAGGGGACAGAGCCCUGCGCCGCCAUCCUGGCCACCCUCCAGCACGUCCGCAUCCCCAUCGUCAGCCUGGAUGUCCCCUCAGGCUGGGCGGCGGGCUCGGCUGGCAGCGGUGCCAUCAGCCCGGACGUGCUGGUGUCGCUGCUGGCCCCCAAGGAGGUGACGCGGCGCUUCCGGGGACGGCGACAUUUCCUGGCCGGGCGCUUCGUGCCCGAGGAGCUGCGCAGGAAAUUCGGGCUCGGCCCCGCCGAGUACCCGGGCAGCGACUGCGUGGUGGCCCUGUGACCCCAAAAACACCCUGGGACCCCCCCAAAAAACACCCUGGGACCCCAAAAACACCCUGGGACCCCCCAAAAACACCCUGUGACCCCAAAAACA